AUGGCUUCGAAGAGCAUGGCGGCCACUCUGUUGCUGGCAGUCGGCGUGCUGUUGCUGGUACCAUGGCAAUGCCAGGCAACCGACAACCUGCCAGCCGAUGGUAACUACGACGGACUGUUACCGAUCACCCUCAUCCACACGAACGAUUUCCAUGCCAGGUUCGAGGAAACGACGACAAGUUCCGCUAUCUGCAAACCAACCGAUCAGGCAGCGGGGCGAUGUGUGGCCGGACUGGCACGCGUCUUCGCCGCGGUCAAGCAGCUGAAACAGAAUUAUGCGUCGAAAAAUCCGAUCUAUCUGAACGCUGGCGAUAACUUCCAGGGUACCCUGUGGUACACGCUGCUCCGCGGCAACGUGACAGGCGAUCUGUUGAAGGAUCUACCACCGGAUGUGAUGACCCUCGGCAACCACGAGUUUGACAAUUCGCCCAGCGAACUGGCACCGUUUCUGAAGCAGCUACAGUCGGUCGGCGUCAAGACGGUGUCCGCUAAUCUGCACCGGAACAUGGAACCGGCCCUGCAGGGAGUGGACAUCCGGCGCUCAGUGAUUAUCCGUCGAUCAAGGCGCCCAGGUGCGAAACCACAAAGCAUUGGAAUCAUCGGCGUAACGCACGACAUAACGCAUCUAGAACAAUUGACCGGCAAGGUAACGUUCUCGAACUGCAGCGAAGCGGUACUGCGGGAAGCGAAGCAGCUGCACCGUGACCGCGUGAAGCGGAUCAUUGUCCUGUCGCACUGCGGAUUGGAUGUCGAUCGCAUAACGGCCGAGCUGGCGGGCAGAUACAUCGACGUGAUCGUCGGUGGUCACACCCAUUCGUUCCUGUUUCCACCGAACUCAACGCAACCGCGUGAUCCUGCCGAGGUCGUCGUAGGAGACUAUCCGGUGGAAGUGACCAACGGGGACGGGCACAAAGUUCUCAUCACACAAGCGUACGCUUACGGAAAGUACGUUGGCCGAUUGACGGUCUACUUCGAUGGAAGCGGCCACGUCAAGUACUGGGAAGGUUACCCGGUGUACAUGAGCAACGCGUUGCACCAGGAUCCAACGACACUGCAGCGUUUAGCACCGUGGCGCGCCGAAUUGGAUCGCAUUAGCUCGCAGAAUAUCGGAACGACCGCAAUCCUGCUGAACCACAGUAACUGCCGAUUGGGCGAGUGUACCGCCGGUUCCCUGGUGGCCGAUUCAUUCGGUGCGUACUACACCAACACCACGUUCCGACCGGUAUCCUUCAUCCAUGCCGGUAACUUCCGUGCUUCGAUCCCGAUCGGUAACGUAACGAAUGGGCAAGCGAUCGCCGUGGCUCCAUUCGGUAAUACCGUCGAUCUGAUCCAGCUCUCCGGAGAAGCGCUGCGCAUGUGCCUCGAACACUCGUGGACGUUCGACUCGGAGAGACGCUUCAACGUGGCGCAAGUAUCCGGCAUCCGGUACACGGUCAAUCUGAGUAACGCACCGUAUCAACGGGUUACCGCGGCCUCCAUCGUCGAUCCACUCGAUGGACAGUACAAACCACUCGAUCCGGUCAAGCUGUACAGUGUGGCCACGCUCUCCUAUCUGAUGCAGGGCUUGAAUGGGUUCCGGUGGAUGCUCGAAGGGACGAACCGUCAGAUUGGACCCCUCGACUCGGACGUUCUGAUCGCGUACAUCAGCCGCCUCGGUGAGGUUAACGCUGGCAAUCUUCCGACCGAGCGUAUCAGUGUAUCGGGGACGGCGGCUUAG